GCUUCCGCCAAAAGUCCCGCCCACGAGUCCCACGGCUCUCGACUGGAUCUGUCAAAAAAAUAGAAAGCGUUUUGUAGGUUCUUCAACUUAUCGAAUUUUUCAACCGCUUCCUUUGCCCGACCCAAGAAAACGCAAUUUUUUAAGUUCGCAUGUUGUAAGUAAACGAGUGUUUCAGAACUGGACGAAAUGAAAAUGGACUGGACCCCACGGGAAGAGGGAUUACGGGAGACCCUCACCUUGUUGAGAGAAUCCCAAUCUCCGGACACAGAGACCCAAAGGGCUGUACAACAAAAACUGGAGGAACUAAAUAAGUUCCCUGAUUUUAACAACUACCUUAUGUUUGUGCUUACAAAACUGGUUUCAGAAGAUGAACCUACUAGAUCACUUAGUGGUCUCAUAUUAAAAAACAAUGUCAAAACCCACUUUAACAACUUACAGCCUACUGUUACAAAUUAUAUCAAAUCUGAAUGUCUGCAGGCUGUAGGAGACCCAAGCCCACUAAUUCGAGCAACUGUAGGUAUUCUGAUUACCACAGUAGCAAGUAAAGGAAAUUUAUCUACAUGGCCAGAACUACUACCUGCUUUGUGCAAUAUGCUUGACUCCACAGAUUAUAAUGUCUGUGAAGGUGCAUUUGGAGCACUACAGAAAAUUUGUGAGGAUUCUGCUGAAGCUUUAGAUGCGGACACAACGAAUAGGCCAUUGGAUAUUUUAAUACCUAAAUUUCUGCAGUUCUUUAAUCACUCUAGUUCCAAAAUUAGGUCAUAUGCUAUUGGAUGUGUUAAUCAGUUUAUUAUCCAAAGGUCACAGGCACUUAUGUUUCAUAUAGAUGCAUUUUUACAGAACCUAUUUCAUGUUGCAACUGAUGAAGAUUCUGAUGUAAGAAAAAAUGUGUGUAGAGCAUUAGUAAUGCUCCUAGAAGUUCGCAUGGAUAGGCUUAUAAGCCAAAUAGACAAUAUUAUUGAAUACAUGCUUCUUAGAACUCAAGAUUCCGAUGAAGGAGUGGCUCUUGAAGCUUGUGAGUUUUGGUUGAGCCUUGCAGAACAACCCAUUUGCAAAAAUGUUCUUGCUAAUCAUCUUAGCAGACUUAUCCCUGUACUUGUAAGAGGAAUGAAGUACUCAGAAAUUGAUAUUAUAUUGCUGAAGGGGGAUGUAGAAGAGGAUGAAAAUGUUCCUGACAAGGAAGAAGAUAUUAGGCCUCGGUUUCAUAAGUCUAAGACACAUAACAUUAAGAAUGGCAUGGUAAACGGAACUUUGGGUUCUGUAGCAGUGGAAAAUGGCAUUGAAAAAGAAGAAGAUGAAGAUUUUGAAGACUUAGAUGAUGAUGGUUCUUUAUCUGACUGGAACCUAAGAAAAUGUAGUGCUGCAGCCUUAGAUGUUCUAGCUAACGUGUUCAGAGACGAUUUGCUUCCUAUACUUAUUCCAAUUUUAAAAGAAACUUUGUUCCAUCAGGAUUGGGAUAUCAAAGAGUCUGGCAUUUUGGCCUUGGGUGCAAUAGCUGAAGGUUGUAUGACUGGGAUGAUCAGCCACCUACCAGAACUUAUUCCCUAUCUUAUUAACUGCUUGAAUGACAAAAAAGCACUAGUGCGUGCAAUUACAUGCUGGACCCUAAGCCGCUACUCUCAUUGGGUGGUUUCCCAACCACAUGACGCCUAUCUAAAGCCAUUAAUGACGGAAUUACUUAAGCGAAUCUUAGAUAGUAAUAAGAGGGUACAAGAAGCUGCUUGUUCAGCAUUUGCUACCUUAGAAGAAGAAGCUUGUACAGAACUGGUGCCUUAUUUAGGUUUCAUUUUAGAAACUUUAGUUUUUGCCUUUACAAAGUAUCAGCAUAAAAAUCUGUUGAUUUUGUACGAUGCCAUUGGGACCCUGGCAGAUUCUGUUGGUAGUCAUUUGAACAAACCAGAGUACAUAAACCUUUUAAUGCCACCAUUAAUUCAGAAGUGGAAUAUUUUAAAAGAUGAAGAUAAGGAUUUAUUCCCCUUGCUAGAGUGCUUGUCAAGUGUUGCAACAGCUCUACAGUCAGGAUUCUUGCCAUAUUGUGAACCAGUUUAUUGUAGAUGUGUGUCACUGGUUCAAUAUACAAUGUACGCGCAUAUGGCUAAUAUUCAAAAUCCAGAUCAGUACGAAGCUCCAGAUAAAGAUUUUAUGAUAGUGGCCUUGGACCUACUUUCCGGUCUUGCAGAGGGUUUAAAUGCCCAUAUAGAAAAAUUAGUAGAAAAUAGUACAAUAAUGCAACUCUUGCACCUUUGUAUGCAAGAUGCGAUGCCUGAAGUUAGGCAAUCAUCGUUCGCUCUACUAGGAGAUCUCACCAAGGCGUGUUUCCAACACGUCAAACCGCACAUAUCAAAUAUUUUGCCUAUUUUGGGACAAAAUUUGAAUCCAGAAUAUAUUUCCGUUUGUAAUAAUGCUACAUGGGCUAUAGGGGAAAUAAGUAUUAAAUUAGGUGCUGAUACGAGGCCAUUUAUCCCGCUAGUUAUUAAUCAAUUAAUUGAAAUUAUAAAUCGGCCAGAUACUCCAAAAACACUUCUAGAAAAUACCGCCAUAACAAUUGGUCGCCUAGGUUAUGUCUGCCCCCAUGAUGUGGCUCCAAUGUUACAACAGUUUGUCCGACAGUGGUGUGUUUCUCUAAGAAAUAUUAGAGACAAUGAAGAAAAAGAUAGUGCCUUUAGAGGAAUGUGUCAGAUGAUUCAGGUCAACCCAGCAGGGGUAAUUGUCGAUUUUAUUUUCUUUUGUGACGCAGUGGCGUCAUGGGUUACACCAAAAGACGAUUUAAAAGAAGGUUUUUCAAAGAUCUUACAUACAUUCAAAGAACAAGUGGGUGAUGAUAACUGGAAGAGGUUUAGUGAUCAGUUUCCACCACAACUGAAGGAACGUCUCUCUACGUUAUAUGGACUAUGAAUAUGUUUUGAGGGUACAAUCGGGGAAACAAUUUAAAGAACCGGAGUGGGACAGCCUGGGUAAAACAUCGCAUCAAGGGAGUUAUAAGUUUAAAGAGAGGGAGGGUAAUAAUUCGUUGGGUAGAAGAAUGAUUUUUCUUUUGUGAUGCAUUCUAAGUUUCUUUAUUAUAUAAAUUAAAAAUUGAAAAUUCACAAUAGUUUUAGGGCAUGAAAUUCUUAAAAACUUUAUAUUUUUUACUAAAAUUACUAUAAAAUCUAUUUUAUUUUACUAAAAAACUGUGGCAGAAACAUUUAUGUUCUGACAAACUUCCACUUAUCCAUUUUUUGUCCAUGCUAUAAAACUUAAAAUGUAAAAAACAUAUUUUUUUUCUGUCACAUUUCUUUUUGAGACAAAAUAAUUUAAUUUUUAUGUAAACCCGUAAAAUGUGGCUAAUAAAACUAAAAAUAUUCAGUGUUUAUUUAAAUACUGAAUAUGAUACUGCAUUAUUUUUUAGUUUUAUCGCAAAAGUUUAUGGAGUACAUUUAUUUAGGUGUAGUUGCAUGCUGUGGUUUGGUAUCUACUAGUAACUGUAUAAUUUGUACAAAAGAACUUUUUUACUCGGGUACUUUUUAUUUAUAUUAUAAUAUGUACAGAAUUUUCUUAUGGUGCUUAUAUUCCCUUACGGAUGUUGUACGAAUAUUUUGUUAUCGUACUCUUUCAAAGUCAUGGUUUUUAAUUUUCCUGCUAAUACUACUGAAAUGUUAUGGAAAACUAAGAAAUUAAUAAGCACAUUUGUUCAACUCAGAGCACUUUGCUCUAACGUAAAGCAGUGAUCUACUUUUAAACGUUUAUAGUCUGCAUAGGUUUUCCCUUUUUAUGGUCAUUAACACAUUUUUUUGGUUCAGAUAUUAAUGUACAACAUAUUUUCAAGAUAUAUUGGGUAUCUUAUUUUUUCCCUAGGUCACAAUCUGUAGUUUAAGUAUUGAGACAAUCCUUUUCUAAGCAGCAAUUGUUACUGUAAGUCUAGGAGUAAAAUAGUUCUUACAAGAAACUUGUAGUUAUUUUUAGUUAUUUUCAAAAUGCCCAUUUAUCUCUUAAAAUUGUUAAGUUAGAUUAUACAAGAUUUUAUACCACAUUAUUGCAAUAAAAAUUGAAAUUUUAAAUUUAGCAAAUAAGAAAUUUCUUCUUUCACAGAUAUAUCUUCCUGGCAAAAUAAUAUUUCAGUUUGUGUGCCUUAAAAAAAGGUCUAUAUUAAGGUUUAAAAGAAAAAAGAAACAUUCGGGGCUUGACUGACUUGAAAACUAAAGGAAAAAAACUAUAAAAUUGUAAAGUAGUGUAAAUUUUGCAUGAUGCACUACUAUCACCUCUAAGAUUAUUAGAUUCUGAAAUUCUGAAUAUUAAAUUCUGAAAAUUAUUGUUGAUUAUAUUGUUUCUUGUUGAGGAAGUCCAUUGCAAUGAAAAGAUAAUAGCUUAGUCAACCACUGGUAGAACGUACUACUUAUAUUGUCAAUUAAAAAAAAUGUUAAAAAAAUUGUAAGUAUUGUUUUUUAUUUUUAAAUUUUAUGUAGGGGUUCCUGAUAUGUACUGGGAUAGUUUACUAAAUACCUCGAACAUAAAUUGUUCGUAUACAUUUGUGGCCAAAUGAUAUGACAGUAUACAAUCCAAAAGAGGUCUUGAAAUAUAUUACACAACUUUUAGGGUUAAAAAGAGAUCAAAGAUUAUCAUAACAUGGGGCAGGAAGUUUCUUUUAUCUUUUUAACCUUAAAUGUUUAAUAAUUUUUUUGUAGGCUGGAUUAUUAUAAAGUUAAUUUAAUAUAAAUGAUUUAUUACUUCAUGCUUUAUGUACAUAUUUCAUAAUCACAUGUGGGCGUUUUGAAAAUAUUUAUUGUAUUAUAUAUGUUAAAAAAAAUAAUCUGCAAUCCUUUAUCCUUUGGAGGACUUCUGGAUCCUAGUACCUGGUCCUGUUCCUAUAAAUCCUCUGAGUCCAUUUACGAUGGUUCAUAAUUUGAAUGCUUGUGUUUUUUCGUGGUAGUUUCUUUAAAUUUUAGACUGCGUACAUUUUUUAGCUUUGUAAUAUCUCAUAUUUCAGUAUUAUAUUUACCUAAUAAAAACGUUAUAGUUUUUUUAAUUUUUAAACUCUUCAUAUAAUAUAAAUAUCCUAAUAUAAAUUUUCAUAAUUUAAUAGUAGUUUUAAGGUUAAUUGACUGAUUUAUUUCGCCCUUUUUCUAGAAAAUAUACGUAGUCUAUCUCACCUGUGGGUUGGUAAAUAUUCGGGAUUUAAACAGUUAAAUAUUUCCGGUAAUAGAUUUUUCUCGGGGAAUUAAAUUUUGAAUAUUACGCAUCAAUCCAUUUGACCUCAACGUGGCUUGUGAUAAUAAUUUAGUGAUCAUAAAACAUACAUGAUUUUUGUGAUACCUUUGUAAUUAAAUGAUAAGACUUACUAGUAUUCAAUGAUUUUUCGAAUUAGUAAAUUUACUGAUGUGUAAAAUAAAAUUAAAUUAUGUUAUGGAUAGAGUGACACUUAAGUGAGAUUUGUUAUUUUUUUAUCACAUGUUCUAGUUUACCUGUAUUUUAAUAUUUUUACUCUAUAUUUUCAUUAACUAGGGAGGUAAAAAUGCUUUAAAAUUCUCGGUUGGGUAUAUUGUUUUUUUGAAGAAUGGGGGUUUUAAUUCUCUUUAACUGUGAUGGCUUAUAACUUGUUUACUCAAUUUUUUUUUUGAACAUGUUGGUUAUUCUUGUUUACAUGUUUAGGGUAUUUUAAGUUGUACGUGCGUGAAUGUGUCCUUUGUUACAGAAGUCUUCGUUCCUCCUACACUCCAUAAUCCAUUCCUUUUUGCGUCUUACGCGCACUCCUUUUACUUAUUAUUUUUAGAACAUUUAAAACCUGUAUUUCAUGUAUCAAACGACUGGUAUUAUGUAAAAUAUAACCCUCACAAAACUAGUACACCUCGAAUUUUUAAGGUCAAAAUUUGUUUUAGUAAUUUGGUGCAUGAAGUAUUUAAAAACUAGUGACCCAAAGCUCAAUUUUUUUUUUACUCUUUUGUUAACACAAUAAUUAAAAAUUAACCUUUUUCUUAGAUAGGUAUGUUAUUUUUUAGACAGAUUAAGCAAUUAUCUUACAGACAAAAAUAGGUUGUAUCGACACAAGUUUCAUUUUUAAAUAAGCUGUUGUUUAGCAAAUUUAGGUACACUGGCCCCAAAAGUUCUAUUGAUUCAUUGACAAAUUCGUUUAACAUUUCUAACAAAAACGAUAUGGUGCCAUUGUUCUUCAUUUAAUACAAAAUUAUUAAAAUGAGAAUUGAACUAAAAAAGGCUUGUGUUGCCUUAUUGAAUUUAAUCAGCCAUUAAUGUUUUUUCGUCAAUGUUGUUUUACUUUUUCAUUUGCCUCAAGUUAUAUUUGUCAAAAUUUGUAACCUUUAUUAUAAUAGCUAGUUAAUAGAUA